UUGGGGGCCCUGCUCCCUGCGCCCGGGGAAGGUGGUGGCGGCGGGGCGGGCGGCUUUGUGGCGCGUGCGGGUUCCACCGCAGGCGGCGCGGAGGCGGGGCCGGGCAGAGGCGUCCGCCACCCCGCUCCCGGCACUCGCUCCGGGCGCGGACGCCGCGCAUGGCAGGCCCCGCAAGGUCUGGCUUCCCUGCGCACACGAAUAGCCGUCUGGACGCGUUCCUGCGGAGGCAGCUGCCGCCCGAGGUCUACGACGCCGUCCGCGCCUACGAGCCGUGCAUCGUGGUGUCCGACUCGGAGAAGCACACCUUCAAGUACGUGGUGCUCAGCGAUCGGCUCAUCUACCUGACCGAGAACCCGCCCAAGUCCAUACGGCGAGCCGUGGCGCUGCGGGACGUCGUGGCCAUUGACCUGAUUGAUGAUUACCCACAGUUUUUGAGUCCACCAGAGAGAGAAACCAACCAACAUAUUCGUAUCACCCAUUCUUCAACUGUUUUGAAAAAAGAGUGUGAACAAUCGAAAGGUGUCAAAUUCUCAUUUCCAUUUCAUCAUGCCACUUCUGACAACAAAAAAGCCAAAAAAGAGAUUAAUGGCUCUGUGUUUUGGAGAGGCAAAGAGCCCAGAAAUUUGAAUGAAUCCUCUCUCAGGUACCGCCAAGAGAGCAGCACACCAUCCAAGGACUCAAGCUUCUGUCCUCCUUCAGACCUCAGGAAGCUGUCUCUUCAUGGCCAAAGUGCCUUUCGACCCUUACCGACCCCCUCCAGGAGGAGACGUCAGACCACGUCAGCCACUGCAAAGGUUGUCAGUGUGCCAUCUUGCACAACCAACACAAAAGAACCCAAGGGACUUCCAGAUCACAAAGGUUCUCUAAGUGAAAUCCCUUUCAAGUGCAAUGGGAACGGAAAUGAGUUUUACUUAGGAAAUUCCUCCCUGGCCUCCCCUUUACAGAACAACCCAAACCUAGAGAAAAAGGCAUCGGAACUUCAUUUGUACAUUAUUUCCACAACGUCAUCAAUAUUUCUGCACUUAAAAAGUUCAUGGAACAAUUAUAUUAUAAAAGCUACUCUUUUACAAGAUCCCCUAUAUGUUAGUGAGCUCAGUCCUGCUAUUGGAAGUCAAAAGCCAUAUAGAUCUGAGGAGAAAAUUAAGCACUUCAGUCAACUUAAAUCUGAACUUUUUCUUAAAGACAAUACUUUGAGGAAGAUAUUUUGCUUAAUUACGGAACUUAAAGUAGCAACCCAGAAAAACUUCAUUCUGAAACGGCUUUUCUGGAAAACCAGUGACCUUUUUUAUUUCCUGGUGAACAAACUUCAUGAGUACUUGCCAGAGUCUAGGGAUAAGAGCAUACUUCAAAAUAAAAGCCAAAGGGCUGAUGAGUUGGUAGCAUGCAUUGAAAUUAUACAGACUCUGGGACUGAUGUUCAGAGAAACAGAAACUGAGUCAUCGCGCCUGAACACAUUGGCAGCUAAGAAGGGAACAUUAUUUAAUCUUUUGGUAAUUUUAAUUAGUGAACCUCAGAUUCCAAAAUCUUGUCCUGUGUUUGAUAUCCAGUUGGUGGCUGACUCAACUUUAGUUGAGAUGUCUUUCGAUGCUGAGUUACAGAAGCUUAUUGUGGAAUAUACAGAUACAGCUACGGCACUUUUAUACGAGAUACUUCUUGUCUUUCAGCAGGGAAAUCUUGGAUUGGGAUCAACAAAGUUUGCUAUUAGCUGGAUGAUGUCCUUCCUACAAAGUCGUCCUCCCAUAAUCACUUUCGUGGCCCGUAUUGUGAAACAAAUGGUAAAGGGGCUUUCAGCUUCAUUUCAGUUGCUAAGUCCCAGCCAAGCAGUUCUGUUGUAUCAGCAAUUUUACAUCCUCAAGAGCUGCCUGCGGUACAGCAAGACUUUAGCUGAGUAUAUUAGGAACGACUACAGAGAAGAAUUCAGGUACUUUAUUCACAUGCCAGCCUUGGAAAAAAGGCUUCCAUUGCGGUACCCUCUUACCCAACCUACCAUUCAACUUUUUCAUGAAGUUCUCAAGUUAGUUGAACAGAAACAAUGUGUGAAAUAUUAACAAGAGUCUAAAAUGUUAACCAGGAGUCAACCUAAUAUUUAUGAGAAAACUUGUUUGAUUUGCUUAAUAUCUGGCUAUCCCUGUGUCUCAUAAACAGAUUUUAUUUGAAUGUUCCAACAAUACCUGUAAGAGAGGUCCUUAGAGUUUUUUAUCUGCCACAAAAAAGAAACGGUUUAAAUACACUGACAUAUGUAAAGUGGUGCUAAAAACAAGCGUUUCUCUAAAAAAGUUUCUAAAAAUAAAAAAACUACAAAGGUUACAGAAGCCCAUGGAGAGCAAAUGUAGAAAGUGCAACCUGAUGAGUUUUGUUAGUGUAAUGAUGGUGAGUGGUAUGAAGCCACUGAAAUGUCCAAAGAUAAACUGUGGUUUACAAAGUGAUCAUUAGAGAAAUGCCGAGUAGUAGGUAGACACCCUCCUUCUCCACCUGUAAAAAUUCUAGUGAAAUAAGUAUUCACGACAGAAUGAACAGAAGAACACAGGCAUAGCUAUAAGGAAGGUCAGGUCCUCACUUAUUGUGGGGAAGGAAGCUUGGACUUUCUUCAACACAAUUAAAUGCAUUCUGGUGCUCAGUUUCAGGCACCUGUGGGCUAGUAUAA